GUCAGCCAAUUUUCCAUGAAUGAUUUCAUGAUUGCGUUAUUAUUUUCAUCUUACUCCGUUCGUUAUCAAUGCUGGAAAGCUGUAAACGCCUAUGAUCAUGUCUGUGGCCCCUGGAAUGCGUUUCAUCCAUAUAUAAACUGAAUAUCGGCCUAACGGCCUUCGUGCGCAAGAUGUCUAACGACACAGCGGAAGCUUCCAAAGCCGAGGUCAUGGGGGAGCUCACGGACUCGCCAGUGGACCAAACACGACGGGAAUUGGAGGAAGAAUUUAACGUACAGCGAGCCAAAAUGAAAGAGUUGUUCUUGCAAAAGGAAGAGGACAUGCGGAAGAUGAUACAAGAGAAGGAGCAGCUCCAAUCGGAGGUGGUCAGCCUGCGGGAGGAGCUGACUCAGCUGCAGACGCUCAGUCAGAACCAGCGCAGUGAGAUUGAGAACCUUCAGCUGCUGGUCAGCGAGACCCUAGAGGCGUCUUCGUCAGGGUCGGAGGAGGUGCGGCGGCUGCAGCAGAGGAACCUCGAGCUGGAACACCAGCUCAGACAGCAGCAACAACAACAGGCGUUGUUGUGCUCGCUGCAGGAGGUGUCGCUGGCGCCCGCCACGUUCGUGCGCACGCUCGCGCGCAAGCUCGGCGGCGACGCCGACGACCAGGCCAGUAAGAAGCAAAGCUCUGAAGAGGGCGAGCUGAGGUCCAUCAUUCAGCCGCUCAACGACGAGAUAGCGGCGCUGAAGACCAAACUCAGAGACACGGACACCCAGCUACAGGAAGCAUUGCAGAAAUUCGCAGCGACAAAUAGUCCAGCAUCCAGUGCGCCUGGUGGGGAGAAGAGUGAAAAAUUGGAGGAGAGCGCGUCGGGUUGCGACAUGUGCGUGAACUACGAGAAGCAGCUGGUGAGCGAGCAGGCGCGCGCCGACGCCGCUCGCGAGCGCGCUGGCGGGCUCGAGCGAGCGCUCAAACUGGCUACAGAAGAACUAGAAGGUGUGCGUUCGCUCCACGACGAGACGAUUGGGGCUUGGCGGGACGAGCGGGCGGCCUCCCAGCACCAGCUGGAAGCCCUGCGGGACGCCGUGGAGGAGGCCCGGGCUGCGCUGGCGGCCAGGGUCGCCGCGGCCAGCCAGCACACCAAGCAGGCCCUGGAACACGUCACCCAGCUGACCGUGCAGAGGGAAACCCUGCAGAAGCAGCUGGAGGCAUUAGAACAAGACAACGAGAUGUUGAAGGGUUCCUACAUAAAGAAGGCUAUAGAAUUACAAAACGAAAUCAUUAAUCUGCCUGAUAACGUAGAGGAGCUGCAGGAGCUGGUGCUGGUGGCGCGCGAGCAGCUGAUCUGCAGCCAGCUGGGGCGCGAGCGCGCGGCCGGCGUGGAGCGCGCGCUGCGCGGCGACCUGCGCGAGGGGGCGCGGCGCGCGCGCGAGCUGCACGCCAACCUCACCGCGCUGCGCGACGACCUGCGCCGCGCCAGAGAACAGUUGGAAGAAUCCGAGUCGGAGCGGUCGCAAAUGGGCGAGCUGGGCGACAAACUGCGACACUCCAACGACAUGAUCGAGAACUUGCUGGAAGACAAGAAACGUCUUCAGUCUGAAGCGAGCGAGCUACGGUCGCGCGUGUCAGCGCUGCAACAGGAGUUGGACAACAGUGAGAAGGUACAACAGGACUUCGUGAGGCUGUCGCAGUCGCUGCAGGUACAACUGCAACGCAUCCGCGAGGCGGACACGGAAGUGCGGUGGCAGCAUGAAGAGGACGUCAGCGAGUGCCCCUCGUGCCACGUCAACCUGCCCAAUGUUAAAAAGAAGGUGCACUGCCGCCACUGCGGGCGCAUCUUCUGCGGCGCGUGCGUCGCGCACAGCGUGGCCAGCGGGCCGCGCGGGGCGCCGGCGCGCGUGUGCGCCGUGUGCCGCACGCUGCUGCAGCCGCACACGGCGCCCUACUUCAGCACGGAGCCGCCGCACUCGCCCGACUAGAGCACGGCGCCGUGUGCGCCGUGUGCCGCACGCUGCUGCAGCCGCACACGGCGCCCUACUUCAGCACGGAGCCGCCGCACUCGCCCGACUAGAGCACGGCGCCGUGUGCGCCGUGUGCCGCACGCUGCUGCAGCCGCACACGGCGCCCUACUUCAGCACGGAGCCGCCGCACUCGCCCGACUAGAGCACGGCGCCGUGUGCGCCGUGUGCCGCACGCUGCUGCAGCCGCACACGGCGCCCUACUUCAGCACGGAGCCGCCGCACUCGCCCGACUAGAGCACGGCGCCGUGUGCGCCGUGUGCCGCACGCUGCUGCAGCCGCACACGGCGCCCUACUUCAGCACGGAGCCGCCGCACUCGCCCGACUAGAGCACGGCGCCGUGUGCGCCGUGUGCCGCACGCUGCUGCAGCCGCACACGGCGCCCUACUUCAGCACGGAGCCGCCGCACUCGCCCGACUAGAGCACGGCGCCGUGUGCGCCGUGUGCCGCACGCUGCUGCAGCCGCACACGGCGCCCUACUUCAGCACGGAGCCGCCGCACUCGCCCGACUAGAGCACGGCGCCGUGUGCGCCGUGUGCCGCACGCUGCUGCAGCCGCACACGGCGCCCUACUUCAGCACGGAGCCGCCGCACUCGCCCGACUAGAGCACGGCGCCGUGUGCGCCGUGUGCCGCACGCUGCUGCAGCCGCACACGGCGCCCUACUUCAGCACGGAGCCGCCGCACUCGCCCGACUAGAGCACGGCGCCGUGUGCGCCGUGUGCCGCACGCUGCUGCAGCCGCACACGGCGCCCUACUUCAGCACGGAGCCGCCGCACUCGCCCGACUAGAGCACGGCGCCGUGUGCGCCGUGUGCCGCACGCUGCUGCAGCCGCACACGGCGCCCUACUUCAGCACGGAGCCGCCGCACUCGCCCGACUAGAGCACGGCGCCGUGUGCGCCGUGUGCCGCACGCUGCUGCAGCCGCACACGGCGCCCUACUUCAGCACGGAGCCGCCGCACUCGCCCGACUAGAGCACGGCGUAACUGUGUUGACCAGAUAGAGAGAGAGAUAGAAAACAAUGUUCAUUUGGUACAAAAUACAAAUUUAAAUGUG